AUGGUUCGGAGGACCGUCCGUCGGUGUUUGUGCUGGGGGAGCGGCGCGUGUGCCUGACUUGCGGAGACGUGGCUGCGGUGGGGGCGGGGAAGGCCUCUGGCGAGUGGAAACCGACGAGGCGGAGGCGGCGGAGCGCGAGUUGCCCGGUGGUUUGUUUGUGUUGCCUGUAAGUUGCGCGACUCUCUUCUACGUGUCCCUGCAACGCCGCCCUGGGGAGCAGCAGCAAUGCUUGGCCGAAACCUUCACAGGAGAUGAUUGGGGGCGGAGGGCGCCUGUCAUGGUCCCCCAAACCAAAGGGCGGGGUCAGGCUUCCCCUUCAGGGGUGGGGAAGUCUCUCUGUUGGGGUCCCUCCCUGUGAUGGGGCUUUCCCCGUCCCGACCUCUUGAAGCAGCCGUGGGCCUGCCUGUUGAGCAUCCGCGGGAGGGAGGAGCGAGAGCCCCGGUGCGAAAUCCCUGACCCACUUACGGGUUUCCAGGGGCGCUGCGGGUUUUGGAGGUCCCUCUUCUCUCUCCUCCCCCCCACUGACCCACCCACACCGCUCUCCAUUUGAAAGCAGCUCCAUAAAGCGGGUGUUUUCUCAUAAGUGUGGAAAAAGCAACCUCUCGCUCUGUUUGCCAGCUGUAGCCUCAGGUUGAUCUUUUACAGUAUCAACAGAUGCUGCAUUUCCAGUACUUGCUGUCUGCCACUUUUCGGUAACAAUUGUACUUUUUUUUAUAUACUUUUGUUUUGCUUUGUUUUUAAUGGUCCUAAGACAUAGCUCUUAAAAAGUCCUUUUUGAUUCACGUUUAGCUUAGCCUUGCAAAUAAGCGCACGAAAGUUAGAGGCCUGCCUAGAAAAGGAAGGUUUUUUUAGUAGUCUGCUGGGUGUUGCCCAAGGAGGGGCACAGAUCUCUAGCCCUCCUGCAGCAGCAUCUUGUGUUUCUGUGCUAGACACCAGAGGGGAGGAGCUUCCCUGGUUUCUAUCCUAGGUGCAGAGUUCCUCCUCCAACAGCUCCCUCACUCACCCAUAUGGUAUUCAAUGCACUUGCCUAUACUGUAUGUCGUUUCUUGCCACCUGUAUAGCUACCACUAGCUACCAGGCUAUGAGUUUGACCAAACUGCGGGAGGCAGUGGAAGAGAGGAGUGCCUGGCGUGCUCUGGUCCAUGGGGUCACGAAGAGUCGGACACGACUAAACGACUAAACAACAACAAAGCUACCAGGCUAGUGUUUAAGCAGAAGGCUAUUUUAGCUGCCACCCUGAAUAAAGCCAGUUUUUCUCCCUUCAUUUUUAUUAUUGACAACAGUGUUGUAUACAACUGAACACACUGAUGUCAUUCAGUAAUGUUAAACUGUAAUAGAAGGCUGACAGGUCACUUGGGGGGUAAGUGAUAUGACCUGAGAAGAGCAAAUGUUUGGGAAAUGGGCUGUCUGCCCUGUGUCAUGCACAUGGACAGAGAGGAAGAGACAUAUUUGUGGUUCUGCAUAUGUGAAGUGUGUGUGUGUGUGUGUGUGAGAGAGAGAGAGAGGGAGAGGCUAUGGUAUGGUCAUCUUUUAUUUUCCUCCACGAUAUUGGGGAGUGCUCCCCGAUGUUGUUAGCACACACACACACACUGAUGUUGUUUCUGCCUGUCAGUAUUGUGUGAUCUUCACAAUCAGGACCAGCAGGACAUAGCUGACUCUCUAUGACAAGCAUUGUCAUGUUUGAUACAGCAGAGGCUUUCGUGAAGAAAAACGGGAGUGGAGUGACUUGUGUGUAUCAGUCCCUGUCUCCUGAAGACCUCUGCCCCACCAGUCAGCCUUCUGGAACAGGCAGGGGAGAGAGGCACAGGAAUCUUCAGAGCGAAAGAGGCAAAAAAUUGCCUCCUGCCUUCUGUUUAUGGAAGUUUUUGCUGGAUCAAAGAGCCAUUGGUGAAUGGGAGGACACUUCAAGUCUUCAAGUGGUGGUCCCUAUUAGGGCAAGUACAUUUUUAAAAAUGUAGAUGUAGGUAUGAGUAGGGAAAACAUUAAUACACUUCUCUCUGUUCUAUAGAAUACAUCUUGGAAUGCACAACAAUCUUAAGAAAAAUGUUUUGAGUAGCAGCUGUACUAACUGGGCCAUGUAAUUUCAUUAUGUAGAAUUUCACAACUGGACAUAACCUGGAUUUUAGAUCCCCUAUACACUGGGACUAGUAGUGAGCAAUGGUGGGGAGUUGUCAACUGCUAUAUUUUUCUAUGGAAAACACUUUGUUUUCAAAAUGCAUUGUCUCAUAGAAUUAGUAUCAUAAUGAUUGGGUACAAUGCCAAUCAAAUUAGGACACUUAAAAAUGUAAUUAACUCCCACAUUCCCAUGACUGUCCUUGCUAGGGAAACACAUACUAGCAUUAUUUUUUGUAAGGAGUGUAGAUUGACACCAAAAGUAUAUAUGAUCCAAACAUGUUAAAUCACUCCACAACCUAUGUAGGCCACUGGAAAAUAUUCCAGUUAAGUUUAUUCCUGAAAAAAAUGCCAUUUAUCUUGUUAAACUUCUUGUAUGUGUUUUAACAAUAAUUCUUUAUAAAUCUAGGGUAUGCUGUGGUCAUGUCCCAAAAGGAUAAUGAACCCUUGAAUGAAGUUGCUCAUGAACUUGAGGAAAAUGUUCAGAAGACAGAGGAGGCAGAACCCACUGAGACUAAUGGAGGGGAAGCUGAGCUUGUGGCUAUGACACGGAAAAGGCCUGAAGUGAAAAUCUCUGAGCCCAGUAUUGCACAACAGCCACUGGGUCAGAAUGUACAGGUAUCGGUGCUAAACCUGCUAUCAGUAAAUUCUCAUUUACCACAACAAUGUUCACAUUUUAAUAUUAUACAUUCCCUAGCAGGAUUUGGGGGCCAAGAAGAUCCAUUUGAAUGAAAUGUGGAACUGUGAGAUGUGGAUAUCUGUGUUCUACAUUUUUCCUGUGUGCUAAAUAGUCAGGUGCAUCAUUAAUAUUCAUCUUGUUGGAUCUGUUUGAGACAAAAGGAAAACAGGAGUCAGACUUGUGUAACUUAUGAUGGGCUAAGAAGAUGUGCAUGGAUGUAGCAGCGGACAGCACAGUGGCAAAACCCUGUUGUUGAUUUUGCUACCUUACUCAGUCGGAACUGUGACAGUCUGUAAAGGCUGAGACAAACUGAGUGCUUUAAAGAGGAUGGAACCUGUCAAAAGGGAUACAAGCAAUGACCUGCAUUCUCCUCUGCUUAAUUUUCGUUUAAUUAAUUAUUUUUAAAAUUAUUUAAUAAAAAGAUGUAUGGUGGAAUCUAACACUGCUUAAGCGGGUUCCUGCUAGUGCAAUGAGACUUCACCUUUCUCUCCUCCCCAUAUACACCCACAACUGCUCUGGACCCCCUAGAGCUGUGGUUGCUAAUGUGGGGCACAUGCCCUACAGGGGGGCAAUUUUAUUUUUAAGGGGGACAAUUCAAGAAUGACUUGUUAGCAGUUAAUGGCCUUUUAGGCUUCCUCCAUGUGAAUAGGAGUUCACUUUUUGAAUAAUAAGAAUGAUAUGUCAUGGGGGGGGGGCAUCAGGAUUUUAGAGUUGCUUAGGUGGGGCAUGGCCAAAAAAAGGUUGGGAACCACUGCCCUAGAGCAUAUUUUGAGGGCAUGUGCCUUUUACCAGCUUUGUCUGGAUUGGGAUAACUUGGCCGCUGUAGACCAUGCAUUGGUAAGUAGCUAGUGCAGAAUGCAGCAGCUAGACUGCUGAUGGGGGCAGAUGGCCAACAGCAUGUGACACCUCUUUAAAACAUAUAUACUGGAUGCCCAUAUGGCAAGGUUCAAGACUCUUGUGUUGCUAUAAAAAUUCCUGAAUGACUUGGUUUUCCUGUCUGGAAAUGAAUUUUGGUUAAACUGGAUGUUGGCAAUGUCCUUUUGUUUCUUCCCCAGAGUUCCAGUUCCAUGGAAGAGUCGCAGACAGGAUGGGGUUACUGGGGGAGCUGGGGAAAAUCAUUGCUCUCGACUGCUUCUGCUACAGUGGCUACCGUAGGUGAGGCUGCCCGAAACCUAAGCUAUGCAAUCCGAAUCAAAUAAAUUGGGUCUGCUCGAAAUUGCUUUUCUUUUUCUUUUUUGCCUUUAGAAGUUAAAAGUGACAGGUGCAAAAUGUUCUAUAUAGAAAACAACAGAAGAAAAUUAAUUAGUGGCAGUUAAACAUGGUAAAAAUGUAAGCAGCAGCACGGAAGUUGAAGGUUGCAAUGUGUGCUGUCUGUUAAAGAGGAAAAAGAGGGAAAUACUAAGCUACUGGCUUGAUUGGGCAAUUCAUUGUGCUUUUCAAAUGCAGCAUACUGCCUGCAGCAAUUCAUCUUGCUGACUUGGCCUCUGCUUGCUUGGUGAAGUAAUUCAUUUUACCUUUGGACUAAAGUAACAUCUCUUGCUUUCUUUAGGUCACGGAAUCUCAAAUGUCAUUGAAAAAGCAGAGACAUCCCUUGGGAUCCCCAGCCCUACUGAAUUAUCUUCUGAGGCUAAAGAUGUUGGGGAAGGUUGGUUUCUAUUAAAAAUAUAUAAACUAUUUGAAGUUUGCCCCUUGUGGUACUAUGAUGGAUGUUGUUGUUUUAAUGCUAUUACUUCUUGUGCAAGGGAAUCUGUUAUAUAUUUCAAUAGAAGCUGCUAUUUUGCUGUCACUAGUUUACUUACAGGUUGUGAGGCUCUUCAUAAGUAUCAGCUUCCCUUGCCUCCUUUUAUCCAAGACAUACACAAAGGAAUGGGAGCUACAGCCCAUAGCCUAUGUCUUAUCUAGCACUGGCACCUUCUGUAUGGCUGUGGGAGAUGCCUUUGCACGUGAGGAUUCUUUGCUGUAUGGUGUAAAUGACUACUGGUCCCAAUCAAAUCAAAUGCAUAUUUCUCAGCUUAUUGCAUGUGAAACUACUGGCGUAGAUUGGCUGGGAUCCAAAUAAUUGCAUUACUAUUUCCUGCCAACCUAGCAGUUCGAAAGCACAUCAACGUGCAAGUAGAUAAAUAGGUACCACUCCGGCGGGAAGGUAAACGGCAUUUCCAUGCACUGCUCUGGUUUGCCAGAAGCGGCUUAGUCAUGCUGGCCACAUGAUCCGGAAACUGUCUGCGGACAAACGCCGGCUCCCUCGGCCAGUAAAGCGAGAUGAGCGCCGCAACCCCAGAGUCAUCCAUGACUGGACUUAACGGUCAGGGGUCCCUUUACCUUUACUUUUAUUUCCAUGCACUCAAAGGGACUUUGAACUUGUUUGAAAGAGCAGUUCCCCAUGGCAAGCUAUUGAAAAUAAAGGGGACUUUCAAGUUAGCUUGUGAUGAUGACAUAUGUGUCUGCUUUUGGUCGGGAAGGGAGUGUCACGCUACACUGGCCUUGCCCAAAUAUCUCUGCAUCAAGCCCUAGAUACAUUGCAACACUAAGCCAAAGCAUGGCUAAGCAUUGUUAUCUUGGUGUGCAGGUGCCAACAGUAAAAACUGCAACCUGCUUCACUCUUCCUGUGAUCUGCAUGUUGCUGGAGCUGAGCCAUGGUCUGGCUUGCUGGUAUGUCCAAAUCCAGGCUUGUGGUUGGUCUCACUCCAGACAAGCUGUAGCCAAGGUUUGUUCUUGCCUUGGCACUUGUGGUUUGUCUGAAAGACACAAACCAUGACUAUGGAUUUGGAUGUAACGCUAAGCCAAACCGUGUGGGUGUGGGUAUCAAAGCAGACCUUAUUUUUACUGUUAGUACUUGCACACUCAUGCAUUCACAGUAAGCCAUGGUUUGGCUUAGCAUUAUGUGCAACCUGCGUCCUUGCCUAGGAUGAUACUGUUACCAUAACACCGGAUUCCUUCAUUGUAGAAUGUCAAUUGUAAAAGUAGACAUGGAGGCAGAGGGCAGAAUCCAAUAUUUGCAUUAGGGGACUUUCACCUCCUCUCAUCCCCACUGCAGCUUCCUAUGCACACCUCAGUUCUAUUCUUGAGGGUCCCCCAACCCUCUGGAACAGAUUUGGAGCUCAUGGCAAGGACUGUUUGACUCAUGAACUCAAGCUUUGAAUUCAACCCAAAAUAAAAAUAGAACUACUUGGCCGUAUUCAGAAAACGUCAUUUGGGACACAGAAAUAAAGCAAAGAUCUGCCAUUUCUUAAAGACACAUGCUUAUCCAAAUCAGUUUUCAAAUUAUGACCUCAUGGGUCACAAAAUGUUGAACUGCCUUUUAAUCACAAGUGUCGAACACAAGAUUACAGCUCACUUCAGAAUUCCUAGAUUUCUAUCAAGUAGCUGUUUUAUCACUGACCCUGAAGUCAACUAUGGAUUUUGUCACACGAAGAUCAGAUUUGCAACAGGUUUGUGAUAUUAAGCACUACAUCUGUGAUGCUCUACAUCCAUGUUGGCACUACAUCUAUGAUAUUGCAUGAGUUUUAUGUGGCAUUAUCACAAAUAUAUUAAAAAAGAUGCUUGGGACCUUAUUUGCCGCCUCUUUUUCAUAGAAGCAUCAAUUUUAUGCAAUUCAGAGAGAGAGAGAGAUCUUAGAUUUGGUAUACACCUUUAUUUAUUUAAUGAAUCGCUUCCUAUAAAGCAUCUUGCAGAAAUUUCAUAAUACCAUAGAAACAAUUGCAUAUAUUAAAACGGGUAAAACAAUUGCCCAGACAUUUUUACAUUUCUCCCUCCCUUUUUUGUUCUAAACCAGGGUGGAGAACCUUUUUGGCUCUUUGACCAGAUCCUUAUCAAAUUAGACAGGUAGGUGGUGGUAACCACCUGUCAGUCACUUGACAAUCACAUUGAUGUUAGCUGAUUGGGUGCUUUGAAGUAGGGACUUCAAAUCACCAUGCACAGCCCUAGGCAUAAGGAGUGCAAGGGAACUCUUUCACCUGACCUAGCAGCCUUUGGCUCUACUGCUCACCAGCUGAUGGGCAGCAGAAUCAAAGCCUGCUUUCCUUUGCCAAUGGACAAUUGGAUGGUCAAUUAAGGGGCUUGAUUGUGCAUUUGCAGCUGCUGCAUCUCUGCUUGCCCCACACCUGGCACCACAAAUGAAGUCAGGUGUGGAGAGGUGUGCAUGGUUUGGGGGAAAUGGCCUAGUAGGUCAAAUUUAAAUCCCUCACAGGCUAAGUUUGGCCCACACACCACUUAAAUCCUAUUCCCUUCCCCUUGUUUCAGAAAUCCAAAACUCUGAAGAAGGCAAUGAUGGCAAAGAAGAGUCUGAAAAUCCCUCGCCUAUUAGUGGUGCAUUUGGAAUGUUUUCUACCAUCUCUGCUGCUGUUCAGAGCACAGUGAGUGAGACUGCAAGCAAUAUAUCAGUGAAGACCAGCUUAUUUUAUUAUUUUUUAUUGAAUUUAUUUGUUUAUUGGAAGCUUGUCUUUCAUUUUGAAUUCUGAGUAGUGGAAAACUUGAUUCAAGCGGUUGGUUGAUGCUGCGCAAUGGCUCAUUAAAUCAAAUGAUUCUGUAGUGUUGUGUAAUAUGCAUUAUCAUAACUUAUUGGUUGGUAAUUAGUUGCUUGUGACCUGUCUAGCAGCUGUAUAUGUUAAGAAAAAGUUUUUGAUUGGCGUCUGAGUAGAAGAGGGCAUUCUAUCCUUGAGAUGUAAAAUCUGGAAUGUCUUGAUGGCAUUCCUUCAUAAAGGAGAAUUUCCUGCUGCGUGCUUAAGACUUGGGCACCGAUCUCAGUGAAUUCCUUAGUCUAGAAUUGAUGUUUAAUUGGGGUGGAUUGAAAUAUCCUGAAAGUAUACAAGUACAUUAGCAAAAGGUACAUCGCAUGGUGCUUUGUGGUGGUAAGGACCUUUGGCUAAGCAAUAAAGAUUUGGAUUUGUAGUAUUUGGACUUUGCUAGCCAUUAGUGAUGUUGCUGAACUUUGUAACACUUUAUUUCAUUUAGAGACGUGAUGUGUUCCUAACAUGCUGGUAUUCUGAAGUAGCCUAUAUUUCCUCCCCUAAUAGCGUUUUUCCACUACAGUCUGAGCCACAAACCACCCCCCUGCUGGCUCUAGUGAUGGCAGGAGGAAUGUUGCCUUAGCAGCUUUCAAACACAAAGAAGAAAGGGGAAGAGAAACAUCCAUCCCUGUCAUUUCUGCAGCCGGGUAGCUGUUGGGGGGGUGCUUCUCAAGGUUGGCUUGUAAUCUAACCUGAGAAAAGACUGUAAGGUGUUAGGUGGCGGCGGCGGCCUGGUUUGGACUAAUGCAGCACAUAGUAAUUUUCUAGUUUAAUAUCGUCACCUUCCACCUCAAUGUACUAUAUGGAGUUCAUGCUGUAUGUAGUUCAAUGUAAAAAUAGCAGGGGGACCUAUACCUGGUCAAUGCAACCUAACAUGGCUUCUUAAUCAUCUGAGGGUUUUUUUGGAAAGCAUUAUUUGGUCACAUUCACAUCAUACAUUUAAAGCACAUUCAAUGCACAUUUCAAGUGCAUGGGUUCCCCCAAAGCAUUAUGGGAACUGUAGUUUACCACCCACAGAACUGCAAUUCCCAGCACCUUUAACAAGUUACAGCUCCCAAGAUUCUUUGGGGGAAGCCAUGUGCUUCAGAUGUGUGAUGAAUGUGCUUUAAUGUAUGAUGUGGAUGUGACUUUUGAUUUAUUUUCGAUCAAUGUGGAAUAAGCAGACGAAAUGCGUCUCACUGGGUUCGUAAAACAAAAUGAGAAAUAUAGUUUUUGCAAACUUAUCCACUUCUUACAGCAUAUAAUUAUAUGCUUUUGAAAAAUUAUUUGUCAUGUUUAUGGUUGUUCCAGCAUCAAGAUAAAGUGGUGUUAGGCUGUGUUGUUCCUUCUUAUCGCCACCUAUUAUCAUUCUUCCCAAAGACUACUAAAAACCCCACCCUGCACUUUGAACACUUGACUCCCAGUGCUCUCAUCAUGUGAUUUAUAUUUCUGACUUGAGUUUUGAUCUCUGUUCCUUCAAUUUUUUGAAUUUACUGUCAUGCUCUGUGUUUUGUAUACAGUGGUGCCUCGCAAGACGAAAAGAAUCCGUUCCGCGAGUCUCUUCGUCUUGCGAGUUUUUUCAUCUUGCGAAGCAAGCCCAUUAGCGGUUUAGCGGAUUAGCGCUACAGUAUUAGCGGCUUAGCGGGCUUAGCGGACCAGCUGUUAAGCGGCUUAGCGAUCAGCUGUUAAGCGGCUUAACGAUGAGCUGAUAAGCGGCUUAACGAUCAGCUGAUAAGCGGCUUAGCGAUCCGCUGUUAAGCGGCUUAGCCGAUCAGCUGAUAAGCGGUUUAGCGGCUUGGGAAAAAGGGGAAAAGGAAAAAAACCCCGCAGGAACUCGCAAGACAUUUUCGUCUUGCGAAGCAAGCACAUAGGAAAUUCGUUUUGCGAAGCACCUCCAAAACGGAAAACCCUUUCGUCUAGCGGGUUUUCCGUCUUGCGAGGCAUUCGUCUUGCGGGGCACCACUGUAUUUGUAUUUCCAAUGCUCUGUAUUUUGAUGUUUUGAAUGUGUGCUGUAAGCCUCUUUGGGUGCAGCUCAUUGUGGAAAUGCAGCACGUAAGUAAACUCCAUCAAUCAAAGGUUUAUUCUCUUUCUCUUGCUUCCCACCUUACCCUGCCCCACUUUUAGGGGAAGACUGUUAUUAGUGGAAGUUUGGAUGCAUUAGAAUUCAUUGGUAAGAAGACCAUGGAUGUGAUAGCUGAAGGUGACCCUGGUUUUAAGAAAACAAAAGGCCUGAUGAUCAGAAAUUCCACACUUUCUCAGGUAUUGGCUUGCUUCAAGCUUCCACACAGCAACAAAGAGUAGCCUCUUCCUGGAUUCCCUUAAUGGCAAAUGAUCAGUCCCUAGAGCUGUUCACAGCAGAACACCAGAUAUUUCAGGACGAACCUUUCCUUUGUGUGUGUUUCUCUAUACAUGCACCAGCAUUAAUGCUUCAACUUUUCCAUUUGUAGAUCUUGCGAGAGGCAAAGGAAAGAGAAGAACAGCGGACAGCUACUGAGGUUUCCAUGGCUACAGAGAAGAAAGCCCAUUAUGGGCUACUCUUUGAUGAGUUUCAGGGUCUUUCUCAUUUGGAAGCUUUAGAGAUGCUUUCCAGAGAGAGUGAAUCAAAGGUAAUGGCCCUGAGCAAUUUCCUUUUUUUACAGUUGAGGAGGAAUAAAAAUGAAUAUUUCUUUAAACUCUGGCAGAUGAGCCCUUUUAUGGAUUCCACACAAGCAUCAGUAAAUGAAAGCCAGUAAAUGCAGGAAAAACACCUCUCCCUGCCCUCCCCUGCUGUUUCUUUACCCCUUGUGUAGUGUUUUUUAUUAAAAUAAGACCUUUCUCGAUCUUUGUUGCUCCGAAUGACUGAGCCAUUGAUAGUAAAAAUCAAUGGCACUGCGAGGUAGAGCAAGUUUGAUAUUUUUACACACACACCUUCUCUCUCUGCUGUGAGGGAAUAUGCCAAACACAGAGCUCCCCUUCUCAAAGAGUGAAUUGCUUUCCAUAGUCAGCUUGUCAUUAGUGCUGCCACCUUAACUUUUCACACCAAAUAUCAAGCGUUUCUGGCUGGUGGGUUUACGGUUCUCUUUGUGGCUUUCUUUUCUUUUAAAUCAGGUGAAGUCGGUGAUAAGCGCCCUCUCCGGAGAUGAGCUAGAUACUUUGAAGGCUGAACUGGAACAGCUCAAAGAAGCGUUUUCGUUAGCUGAAUUUUAUGAUGAUGAAGAGGAAGAAAAGAAGGGUAAUUACAAGAAUUCCCACUUGCAAAAGUAACAGUAGACUGAAUAGCAAAAGUAAAAUGACUGAAUGGUGAGUUCAGUCAUUCCGUUAUGAGUGUGGUGCAAUAACACAUGAAAGAUGGAAAACUAAGCAUAUGAACCAGUCCAUUAAGUCCUAUCAAUGGUCCAUCUUGCCAUUAUUCUGUUUCUGACAGUGGACAGUUCUCUGGAAGCUUUGCAGGAGAUGCAGAUAACACAGGCUGUUAAUUGACUACUCUGUGCACUUCCAGCUUCUUCAAGUGAAUACCUUUGGCAAGAUUAUCUAUGUCAUCAGGCUCUUGGUUAAUCACUACUGGUAUUCUGACUCACUCACUCUUUCAGUCUGUGAUCCAAAGCUUAAAUGAAGGAUAUUGCAGUUGAUCAGUGGGAUCACGAAAACCGCAGCAGAAGUCUUGUGGACUUGCGCAAGAGAAGCACUGCUAAGCUCCACAGGAUAAUCUCCUUCAUCAUUCCUGACAUAAAAGGGAAGACGACCAUUAUAAUGCAAAUCCUUGAGCAGGAGGCUGUCCCUCUUGGUAGAUUUUAAGGAGACCAAGAUACCGUAUUUUUUGCUCUACAAGACUCACUUUUUCCCUCCUAAAAAGUAAGCGGAAAUGUGUGUGGGUCUUAUGGAGCGAAUGCAGGCUGCGCAGCUAUCCCAGAAGCCAGAACAGCAAGAGGGAUUGCUGCUUUCACUGCGCAGCAAUCCCUCUUGCUGCUCUGGCUUCUGAGAUUCAGAAUAUUUUUUUUCUUCUUGUUUUCCUCCUUGUGGUCUGGUGCGUCUUAUAGAGCGAAAAAUACGGUAUUUGUAAAGCAAAGCUAUUUAUACAAAAGGACAGAAAUGAGUACAAAUGCAAAAUUCAAAUGCAAUUUAGUAAGUUUUAAUGUCGAUGAUUAGAUAUAGCAUUCAGCACCUGUCAUCUCUUGCUUUCAGAGGAGGAAGACUUCACAAAGGAAGUAGGAGAUCUCUUUUCACAAUUACGAGUCUCUACAACGCCAGCCAAACUAACCCAAGUGAGUGAGUGUUUUUUUUGUCAUCUUUUGGCUGUUAGGCACGCCUCACAAACGCUGUUAUAUUGCGUCUUUGACGAGGAAGUGUGUAGCAGCCACAAAAGGCAUCAGGCUUGUUUACACAUUUUUGUCUACUUGAAGAAGCCAUGGUCCGAUCUGAAAAAUACAAAUAUUUAGGUUACAAAAUUGUAAAAAUAAAGAAAAACUAGGUUUGCAAAACAAUAAUUACCACGUGGUUAGGGUAGAUCAACAUGUCAGUGUCCACUUAUCCCCAGUGUAAAUAUGACAUAUCGGCAAGAGUUGGAAAUUGAAAGAUAACUACAGCAUGUACACGGAAAUCAUUUCAGAUUUGAAAUCAGCAUUGAAAGAACAUAUAAGAACAGUUGAAAAAUUUCAUGCAAAAGAAAAUGAAAAAAAAAUUGUUCCCCAGUAUACUGUGUAUCCCAAGGGAAUAAAUUUUUUUGCAUACCUCCAACUGUACAUAGAUAUACAUGUCAUUUUCAAUGCUAUACAUGUCACGUUCAAUGCUAUAUAAGUCACUGAAAUUUAUACUCAUAUUGUACUACUUUGGCUAUGUGUUUAAUAAAAUACUGAAUUCUUGCACUGUGAAAAACAAAGAUUAUGGUGAAAAGUGAAAAACAUGAAUUGCAAAAAAACUAGAGCUUACAGAACAAAACCAACUUCAGAUAUGAAAUCAGCACGUCAAAAUUAGGUUAGAACAACUGCAGGGUGUUAAUGCAACAAAAAUUAUGUUCCCCGUUGCGUAGUUUCAUUCCAGAGGCAGUUGUACUUCCUCCAUGUGCAGCAUGAUCGGGAUGGUCCUGCCUCUCCUUUUGGUGAUGGGCUGGUGUGUUUCUGCUUCCUCUCGGACAGGCAAGGAACUCCGCUCAUGAAUUGACGAAGAGCCUCAGCGCGCGAACUGCAAAACAAGAAACGCCGAACGAAGGAGACCAGCAAGUGGGCUCCGGGGAUGCUGAGCAAGAGGAUAAAAAAUCAGUAGAGGUAAUCAUUUUAACCGAAGGAAUAUUGCACUGUUGUCUAGCUGUCAAUGCGCUUAUAUAAUCUAAGCUCAUAGCUGACAGCAUGAUGCUUCAUGCUUGCAGUUACAAUCUCUGCAUGAAGCCUGCGGGAUGGAAUUGGGUGGGAAAGUAACAUAAUAAUUUAUUUAUUUUUUUAAAGACGAGAGACUGACAUCUUUUUCUAACUUCUGCAGGAAAUUCACGCAUGUGCGAUCAGGAGCCUGGCUGAACUGACAGCUUAUUCUAUCGAAGCGUUCCACAAAACUGCAGCUCUGGUUCUUCACGGGCAGGAGCAAGAGGUGUUAGCCCUAGAUCGGGCCAAAGCUCUUUCACAGUAAGGCUGAUCACUCUUGGCCACUCUGCUGUGUAUAAGAUGAUAAGUAGAAUCCUUCUUGCUGGCUUUGAUACUACUGUUCCAUUUCUCUUGAUUUUGAUAUUAGGGAACUAUUAGGCCAAACUAUACUCAAGAGCUGUAUCCAAAGUAGCUCCACACCACUCAUUCUGUUGAUGCAAAGAUUUUUGCUUGUGUAAUGGAGCUUCCACCCUUUCCUCCUCCCAUGCACUCCUUUAAUCUGUUCCAGAGCAGAUUUGGGGAGUGGAGGAAAGUUCCCUUCUGCAUGCAUAAAUUUUUAUUCCAAUGGAAUAAGUGCAUUGGAUCCUGCCCCUGGUUAUGUGUUGUUUUCCUCUGCAUUUUAAAAAAUCAAAUGCGGCCAUGGAUGCUGCAGUCUGGAGCACAGAACUAGGGGUGGGGAAAACAGGGAGGAGGCAGAUUGCUUCAUACUUCCAUCUAUUUCAUUUGUGAAUCGCUUCUCACAAAGCAUCUAGAAGCGGUAAACAACAAAAACAUACACAAAAAUAAUUUCAAAUCCAAUCAGUAGCAACCUGCGCAAUGGUGUAGAUGGAGUUGUGUUCCUGCUGCAAAGGUGCCGAAGUUCUGACUUGUCUUCCUGCUUGCUUGUGGAGCCAGGAGAUCACACCACUCCUUUGGGGCCAUGUGCUUGUUUUCACUCCACAGGGGACUUUAUACUUAUCUCACCACCCAAAGUGGUGGAUCGAUGAGACAGAAUAGUGAUGUCCAGAUCAGCCCCCCCCCGCCCCAGAGUGUAAGAGUGUGAUGCUGACAGAUUAUUUGAAAAAUCCCUGUUCCCUCCACCAUCUGUCUCUUGAAUACAGGCUUGAAUUAAGCUUGAAGGAGGCUGAUUCUUUCAUAUCUUUUUUCAAAAAGAAUGUUAAUUCAUCAAAUCACUUUUGGUUUUGAAAAGCAGUUAUUGAAAAGCAUUGCAUUCAAGGAGGAAAUUUUCUUUCAAUUUGUGUUUACUGUAUGCUGUUUGUUCUUUCUUAGAAUGACCAUUGUGUUGUGCAAAGAACUAUCGGCUGUAUCUAAAGGCUUCGUGACGUGCUUAACAGCUGCUGGGGUAAGAAGUCAAGUUUAAAGAGUUGUUGGACAAUGGUAUGAUCUUACUUCAGUCAUCUGAAAAGCUGGAUUUCCCUUUGUUUUGCUUUUUUAAAAGAGGAGGCAGCCUAUGGUCUCUUGUGGCUGCAGCAGUCAGUUCUGGACUUUACUUUACUCUCUCUUUAUUAAAAGGUUUUUAAAAAAAAGAAAAGAAGGGGAAAAAUCCAUAGGGUGAUAAUCUAGUUAGUUAUACUCAUAGAGUAGACCAACUAAAAUCAUUGGAUUCAAGUCCAUUAAUUUCAUAAUAUGACUUAGUGAGGUAACAGUAUUUUGCAAACUGUUGUUUAGCAACGUCUGUGGAAAAUGUCCAUUUUGCACUAUGCUUAUUUUAGAGAUAUCUUCUUGGUUUCUAUGCCCCCCCUCCUUUGGCGGCUGACAUUGACUGCAUAUUAUGAACUUCCUAUUCAUAAUUUCUGGUAGCCCCCUCAGUACACUUGGUUCAUACUGACCUUUCUCUCUCUCAAGUAGCGUGAUGCCCCAGUAUUACAGCUGUUGUUUUAAUUUUUGCAAGCUCAUCUGAGAAACUGACUUUACUUUGUAUGUAACAUGUUUUUGAUGUGAAAUACAUCAGAGCUGCAUUUUCAAAUAAUGUGAGAUGGAUUAUCAGCUAAUCUAAUCAGUGUAUCUUUAAAUCAUUUUUAGACUGGAGAUCAGAUAAUAUUCAAGAGGUUUUGUGCUGUGUUUGGUAAUGCAACCUAAAAUAUCCAAUCUUUCCAGGUGGAAGAGAAGGCAGAUGUCCUUAACCCUUUAAUCACUGGAGUGUUUUUGGAGGUCAGUUGCAAUGUACUUGAAAAUUUUAGCUAGUUAAACAAUGUAUAUUUUUACUGGCUAUGACUUUGUCUGAAGUGGGCUGGCUGAUGACUGGAGUGAAGAAAGAAUAAGUUGAGAAAUCUUGUGUGUGUGUGAAUAUUGUCAUAAAGUUACAGCAUCUGGUUCAUAUUAUGUAACUAGUUUCUGAAAUCUCAUUACCGAAAGAGCUAAGUGUGGUGUAAUCUUUCUGUUGUGCUGAUUGGGUGGCAAGUAGAGGAUAAAAUGUUGAGAAAUAUUUCUGACUGCUCAUUUAGACUGUGGAAGGUUAUGCUGUAAAACUUUAAUCUGGAUUUUUGGAACAAAAAUAAUCUUUAAUACUCCCCAAACUCUUAUGGAUUGCAGAUGUAGAAAGUAUAUGAACUAUCUGCUCAAAUGACAGUGGGUGGAGGGUGGGCAUAGCCCUUCAGUGAACGUGGUUUGUAGGCUACCAGAUGGGACAUGGCUAUAUCUCAGCCCUUUCUCCUAGAUGCCUUUUGUUGCAUAAUGUCCCAUUAUUCCAUUGAAGUGGUUGAUUGGGGGAGCAGUGGUUGUGAGAUGCUGAACAAAUGCUAACCUCUAGAAUUAGCAGGCACUCUUUAUGGAAAGGGCCCCCCAGCGUGAUUGCCCUUUUAUGUUCUUCUUUGCAGGCUUCAAACAGUGCCUCUUACAUCCAAGAUGCCUUCCAGCUACUCCUGCCAGUUCUACAGAUUUCUCACAUCAAGGCUCGUACAGAGUUAACACGGCAAUAAAUCAAAUCUCUGCACCUAGAGCAGUGCCCCAGCCGGCAUAAACGGCACCUCCCCGGUUCAGCAAAAUAAUAGGAGCUUGUAACAAAAGACAAACGUUUUGACUGUGUUUCACUGACCAGUAAUAACUUGCUGAAUGGCCAUUAUUUAUCUGCCUAGGCUAGCGAGGAGGAUAAAGUGCAGACAACGUUGCAAGUUCAAAGUAUGGGGCGGCUUUGUCACUGUGUCGGUUAAUGUUUUUCCCCAGAGGUUCCUGGAGAAAGAAUCAUUAAGGUUGCAAUACUGGGCACAGUUACACGGGAGUAAGUUCCAUAGGACACAGUGUGACUUCCUUCCAAGUGAACAAACAUGGGGUUACACUACAAGUAUGAGUGUUUUAAAGAGAUUUCAUUAAAUGCCUGGAUCAGCCCCUUAUCUUCCUAGCCUUGCUUCUUUUAUUAAUGAAACCUUAGAGACAAAUUGGGAAUUCUAAAAAAAUCGCUCUUCAAGUGGCACUGUUUCUUUGAGCUUACUUGUUUGGAUAGAACAGAAACUUAGACCAGAUUUGGUCAAUAUACUUGGAAUGUCUACCUUUUCAGUGAUCGAUGAAAAGUAGCUCAAAGAGAACUAGCUAAUAAAAAGCUAAUAUAGGCUAAAUGUACAUAGUUGGCGGCUGUAUUUUGUUCCUCUUGGCCCUAUCUUAAGUGGCUGAAUGCUCUUGCGCUAUUGUAUUCAGGAGUGUGGGAUCCCUGCCUAGAUGCCUAGGCAAAGGUUUGUUGCUGAUUCAUAUGGACAAGCCCCAAGACUUUCAGGACAGAAUUAUUUUUAUAGAAUUAUUACUUUGCAUUGUUUAUAUCUUGCAUGGCUAUGGGAAGGUUUUCCUCCCCCCCCCCUUGUGCUUGCAGUUUGGGAGGAACACCCUGAAUAUUUUUGUAUUAAACAACCAAGCAACUUGCUAUGAUUUGCCCCACUUAGAGAAUAAAAUGAGUGCUUGACUAGUAAGGGAAAAGGCUUGGGUUGCAUCCAAUUAAGUCUUGCUCAUUGAAAUUAAUGAACUUAAGUUAACAUAUCUAUUAACUUCAAUGGGUCUACUCUGAGUAGGACUAGCAUUGGAUACAGCCGUUUGAAAUGGUAUCAUGGAGUUGUAGAGUUGGAAGGGUCAUCUAGUCCAACCCCCAACUUUUCUCUUAUUUUAAGAGUGAAUUUUUCACCAUCUUUAUCAGGAUUGGUCUAUUGCCAGGGUAGUGAACAUGGUGCCCUCUUGAUGUUGUUGGGUAACAUCCCCAAUAGAGAUGAUGGGAGUUGCAGUCCAACCACAUCUGGAGGGCACCAUGUUGCUUACCCCUGGUUUGUUGUAAUAUUUUUAGUAUCUUUUUCAGCCUUCAAACUGCUCUGAUUUCUAAAUCCUCUGACUACUGGCAUACCCUGUUACUCAGAAAAGCAGCGUUGCAGCAGCACACUCAAAAUGGUGGCUACAUCAGGGCAAACAUCUUUCAGCUUUCAAUAAAUGUUCUAUUGUUUGGGACAGAUUCUUUUUCUACCAAAGAAUCUAUAUUUUAAAUAUGUAUGUUUGUGAAAUCUGCACUAUAUUAUAUAAAGAGAAUAAAUGUUGUUCUGUGAUUCAAUAAAGAGAAAGUUUUCCAUUAAAACCAGGC